CAGAUUUGGAAGCCUUUUCCAAACAUCAGUUAUUGAAGAUUUCUGAUUUUUGGACGAAACAUCUCUGCUGUUUGAGGUGGAUCUUUGAGUUUUGGGAAACAGGAUUGAAGAGAGGCAUUUGAAUCCUCUAAAGUUUCCGAUCUUGGAUACUUUUAGUUGGUUACUGGGUUAUACCUGUCGGUAUCUGAAUCAACUCGGUCAUACAGAUAGGGAUUUAAUCUAUUAUUGAGUUUUAAUUCAAAUUAUUGUUACUGUUCUUUUGUGUGUGGUGUUUCUCAUAAUUUUUGUAGUUUACAAUGGAUCAAACAAUGGUUCCGUCUGUGGAUGAGUCUUAUUCAGUGGAUACUAGAACUGAAGAAAAGGAUAUGAAUAGUCCUCCUCCGAGGAAGGAACUACGCACCAAAGCUUCCUUGAUGAUAAUGAUGGUAGAACACGAUGAUGUUGACGAUGAAGAUGAAAGUCCAAAAGAAUUGGAUCAGGCUACGAUGUCCAGCAUGUGCAUGUUGCCUGCAGAGAUCGCAUUGAGAGAACAGGCACGACAACUGUCUGAGAUGAGCAUGAAGGAUGCUCUUGCUGAAGCCUUUAUUGAAUCUGAGACCAGGAGAAUGUCUCUUAUCGCCAUACAUUCAGCAUUCUCAGCCGCUGCAAUGUUGCAGCCAGAAGGGAGUCGCCCAGCUAAACGCAAGCCCAACUUCUUCAGGAGAUUUGUUUCUUGUUGUUUUUCAUGUUUUGGAAGAAGGAGCCGUUAAUUUAUUUUGUAUUGUUAACUGGUAUUUUAGUAAUAAAAUAUUCUAACCAAA